AUGCUCAGUCUGAAGGUGCCGACCGUUAGCAAGGUUAUCCAGUCAGGAAAAGCGCUCUUAGCAUGCCCCUAUUUUGCAUCCAGGGGCGCAAUCGCUCUCUCGCAAAUUGUUCUCCUCCCAUAUCAAGUACUACUGCAAAAAGCGACUCGAGAGGCGUGGGGUGUGAAUCUAAAAGAUAACAUCGUCAUAAUUGAUGAAGCACAUAAUCUUCUGCAAACGAUCGCCAAUUGCCAUUCAGUGGAACUCUCUCUACCAGCAAUCACCAUUGCUUUGUCACUCAUAAGGUUUUGA